AUGUCCUCCUUGGUGCACUACGAGAGCUACGUCGAUGAGUGUGCGGACUUGUUCUCCAGAAGGCUCUCAGAGAUGAGUGGCAGAGGAACGACGGUAGAGCCUGUUGACAUGGGUCAUUGGUUCCAGUGUUACGCAUUCGACGUGGUUGGUAUGAUCACCUACUCCAAGAGACUUGGAUUCCUGGACCGGGGUCUCGAUGUCGGAGCGGUGAUCAAGAAUCUCGAAAAUCACCUCUACUACGCGACUAUGGUAGGAGUAUACUCGUACCUCCACUCCUACUUAGCACCCAUCAGGAGUCGGCUAGGUAAACAGGGUACUGGCAGGCAAUUCAUCGUCGAGUUCACCAAGGGUUGCUUGGCAGACCAUCAGGCAAAGCCCAAAGCAGUCGAUGCUGAGGAUACUUCACAUCUCUCUGAACAGUCUGGCACAAUGGACUUUCUCUCUAAAUUUCUCGGAAAGCACUCCGAGGACUCAUCAACUUUCUCUCAAUACCAUGUUCUGGCGGGUUGUGUAUCAAACAUGGUUGCAGGCUCAGACACGACCGCCAUCAGCCUUAGCGCCAUUUUAUAUCAGCUUCUCCGGAACCCUAAAGAGAUGAGCAAGCUGCAAAAAGAGAUUGACGAAUUCUAUUCCCAGAGAACUGGUGAUCCUCGACGACUAAACUUCCAGGAGAGUCUGAAGCUGCCAUACCUCCAGGCAGUCAUCAAAGAGGCAUUGAGAUUGCAUCCCGCGACUGGGCUUCCCCUCGAGAGAAUUGUUCCUGAAGGAGGAGCUACUAUUGCAGGGAAAUUCUUUCCAGCCGGGACCAUCGUGGGCAUCAACACUUGGGUUGAGCACCACCACCCGUCCAUCUUUGGCGAAGAUGCAGCCUCUUUUAGACCGGAUCGAUGGUUGACUACGGAUACCGAUCGUUUGUCGGCGAUGAACAGACACUGGAUGCCGUUCGGCCUGGGAUCACGAACCUGCAUCGGAAGACACAUUUCCAUAUUGGAAAUUUCGAAAUUGAUGCCCAGAUUACUGCACGAGUUUGAUUUUGAAAUUUGUAGGGACGCUCCCUGGGUUACUAGGAACUGUUGGUUCGUGAAGCCUGUAAACUUUCAGGUUCGAGUCAAUGCACGGCGAUCGCAGGUUGGUAAAGUUGGGGCUUCCUAG